AUGGCGAACGAACAGGCACACAGCGGUCCUUCAAGACCGCGGGCCCCAACCAUCACCAUCGACACGUCUGCCGCCAGCGACGCCAACAUGAGCAAUCCCGUGCCUCUGGCCGAUAUCCAGGACGGCAGCCACAGAUUCCCACCAAAUGCAACCUCCGAAAACCCAUCGCCUACCCAGCGAACGUCGUCCUCGCAGGAACUGCGCGGCGCCAAUUCCUUUGAAAGCAGAGAGAGCAGGCCCACGAGCCCUCACAAUGUUAGCUCGCCCGUCGCAACGUGGACCAGCAAUGCUGGCCUACUCAAUGUUCCAGGCGCUCGCUCAAGAGGCAACUCGAUGGAUUCGGCUACCGAGAAUGGUGAAUCCAACAGUUCAGGCACAUAUGUCGCCUCUUCGCAGGGCGAUGCUUUCAAGGGAGAGCUAGCACCCACCGAAGUCUUGAACGACCAGGAUGCCCUGAAACCAGAUCCAGGCACAGAGGCAGACUUUGUAGUUGAAAACAACAAGUUUGCCUUCUCGCCCGGCCAGCUGGCCAAACUCUACAACCCCAAGAGCUUAUCAGCCUUCCAUGCUCUCGGAGGCCUUGACGGCUUGGAAAAGGGUCUUCGGACCGACCGAAAGGCCGGACUUAGCAUCGACGAGCAGCACUUGGACGGUGUCGUCACUUUUGAAGAAGCAACGACACCAAGUACUACCGAGACUGCGCAAAAGUCAUCACCGAAUGCUGUUGCGCAUACCGAUAGCACACCCACUGGGUCCAAGGAGAAUGCUUUCGCUGACCGAAAGCGCAUCUUUAGUGACAACAGACUUCCAGUCAGGAAACCUAAAAAUAUCUUUCAACUCGCGUGGAUGGCCUACAACGACAAAGUUCUUAUCUUGCUGACGUGCGCCGCUGUCAUUUCACUUGCUCUCGGUCUAUACCAAACUUUUGGUGUAGAGCACAAGCCAGGUGAGCCAGCCGUAGAGUGGAUCGAAGGUGUUGCCAUUAUUGUUGCCAUUGUCAUUGUCGUCGUAGUUGGCGCUGCCAAUGAUUGGCAAAAAGAGCGUCAGUUCGUCAAACUUAACCGCAAGAAGGAAGACCGAACCAUCAAGGUCAUCCGCUCUGGAACCACUCGCGAAAUCUCUGUCUACGACAUCUUUGUCGGAGAUGUUGUCAACCUGGAGCCUGGUGACAUGAUCCCCGUCGAUGGUAUCCUUAUCCAAGGUCACGGAAUCAAGUGUGACGAGUCUUCGGCCACUGGAGAAUCUGACUUGCUCAAGAAGAUAUCUGGCGACGAGGCCUACAAAGCCAUUGAACGACACGACAACCUCAAGAAGGUCGAUCCAUUCAUCCUCUCCGGUGCAAAGGUCUCCGAGGGCGUAGGUACCUUCAUGGUCACGGCUACAGGUGUACACUCCAGCUACGGCAAGACCAUGAUGUCUCUUCGCGAAGACAGCGAAGUCACACCACUCCAAAACAAGCUCAACGUGCUCGCAACAUACAUCGCCAAACUCGGUGGAGCUGCGGCUUUGUUGCUUUUCGUUGUGUUAUUCAUUGAGUUCUUGGUCAGGCUCAAGGGCAGCGACGACACGCCGGCCGAGAAGGGUCAGAACUUCCUCAAUAUCCUCAUCGUCGCCAUUACGGUUAUUGUCGUCGCUGUGCCCGAGGGUCUUCCGCUAGCUGUUACCCUUGCAUUGGCUUUCGCCACGACGCGUAUGCUCAAGGACAACAAUCUGGUCCGCCUCCUCCGGUCUUGCGAGACUAUGGGUAAUGCCACUACCAUUUGUUCCGACAAGACUGGUACGCUCACUCAGAACAAGAUGACUGUUGUUGCUGGCUCCCUAGGAACUGCUCUCCGCUUUGGCGACUCCAAACUCAAAGCAUCCUCAGUAUCCCCAAUUGACGAUGGAGCCAAGGGCAAGGACGUAUCUCAGUCUCCUGUUGAGAAUCCCAACGAUGUGUCUGCCACGGAGUUCGUCGAGACUCUGAACCGCGAUGUCAAGGACCUUCUUCUGCAAUCCAUUGUCCAGAACACGACCGCUUUCGAAGGCGAGACUGGAGGUCCUGAUCCUUUCAUCGGCUCUAAAACUGAGACAGCCUUGCUCGGAUUUGCACGUGACUACCUGGGAUUGGGCAAUGUUGCCCAGGAGCGCGCCAACGCCAACAUCGUCCAGGUGAUCCCCUUCGACUCUGCAAUCAAGUGUUCUGGCGCCGUCGCUAAACUAAGCGAUGGUCGCUACCGUAUGUAUGUCAAGGGUGCUUCCGAGAUUCUGCUCGCAAUGUGCGACAAGAUCGUCACCGACGCCAACAAGGAACUUAUCGAGGCUCCCAUGACUGCCGACAACCGCGAAGCACUCGAGCACAUCAUCACAACUUACGCAUCCCGCUCUUUACGAACCAUCGGCCUCAUUUACCGCGAUUUCGAAAGCUGGCCGCCCGCCGAAUCAUCCAAGAAUGAGGAUGACCCGACCCAAGCUGUCUUCAAGGAUAUAGCCAAGAAAAUGAUCUUUCUAGCCAUCGUCGGUAUCCAGGAUCCUCUGCGAGACAACGUUCGUGAGGCUGUAAAGGACUGUCAACAUGCCGGUGUUUACGUUCGUAUGGUCACCGGUGACAAUGUUUUGACUGCCAAGGCAAUUGCCGAAGAUUGUGGAAUCCUGGUCCCUGGCGGUGUUGUUAUGGAGGGCCCUACUUUCCGUAAACUGUCAAAGCGUGACAUGGAUGCCGUCAUUCCCAAGCUCUGUGUUCUUGCCCGGUCCAGCCCAGACGAUAAACGCAAGCUUGUCAAGCGCCUCAAAGAGCUUGGUGAGACAGUAGCUGUCACUGGUGACGGAACCAACGAUGCACCCGCGCUCAAAACUGCCGAUGUCGGUUUCUCUAUGGGAAUCGCGGGCACUGAGGUUGCGAAAGAAGCUUCUGCCAUCAUUCUCAUGGACGACAACUUUGCGUCCAUCGUAAAGGCGCUGCUCUGGGGUCGUGCUGUCAAUGACGCUGUCAAGAAGUUCUUGCAGUUUCAAAUCACAGUCAACAUCACGGCUGUACUUCUCACCUUCGUCUCCGCUGUUUCCAGUAGCGACCAGCAAUCUGUGCUGACUGCUGUCCAACUGCUUUGGGUCAAUCUCAUCAUGGAUACCUUUGCCGCUCUGGCGCUCGCAACUGAUCCUCCCACUCGCAGUCUUCUUGACCGCAAGCCUGACCCUAAAUCCGCACCUUUGAUCACGUUGCGCAUGUGGAAAAUGAUCAUCGGGCAGUCAAUUUACCAGCUGGUUGUUACGUUUAUUCUCUUCUUUGCCGGCGAAUCUAUGCUCAGUUACCAUAGCCCGCGUGAGCAGCAGCAAUUACCUGCUUUGGUGUUCAACACCUUUGUCUGGAUGCAAAUUUUCAACGCUCUCAACAACCGCCGCCUCGACAACCGCUUCAAUGUAUUUGAAGGCAUUACCCACAACUGGUUCUUUAUCAUCAUUUUGUGCAUUAUGAUUGGAGGUCAGACCAUGAUUAUAUUUGUCGGUGGCGAAGCUUUCAAGGUUACGAGACUCAACGGCCCUCAAUGGGGCUACUCAAUAGUGUUGGGCUUCCUGUCUCUACCGGUCGGUGUCAUUGUUCGCUUGAUACCUGAUGAGCUUAUCAGGAAAUGCAUUCCCGACUUCUUCAGGCGCAAGCAAACUCCCGAGCUUGUCGUUUCAGAUGACGACUACUACUGGAACCAAGGACUACUGGAGGUUCGCGAUGAACUUGCCUUUCUCAGAAAAGUCCGCGGCGGCCGUCUCAGUGCUAUCAAGUUCAAGGUGCAACAUCCCAGGGAAAUCUUUACCCGAUCACGAUCCAGUCACUCUCUACCCGGUACUCCCAAUAAUGGCGUCCAAACUGAUGACGGUUCUCAUGCCCCACCUUCUCCCAGUAGUCGUCGCCGCGCCAGGUCCCGUUCUAAUUCCGCGUUUGGUCCGGCGACUGUCAUGGCUGGUAUCGUUGCAGGCAGCAUUGGAGGCUGGUCACCGAUUGACCGCGGCAGUGGUGACAACGACUCCAUCAAAUUCAGCCGCAAUACCACGAAGCAAGAUCUCGAGGCUCAAGAUGGUAUCGAAGUUCACCCUGACACCAAGUCGACCGAUCCCAUCCUUGCUCCUGACGCGAGUGAGUACCGCGGUCCUCCCAGCCAAAACAUAGAAACAACACCCGAUUUCAACGUAGGGCCUUUCUCCAGUCACGCCGACGAACAAUCCAAGCCAACUGGCCCUGGCACAUAA